GGAGCGCGCGUGAUGUGCCCGGCAGUAAGCGCAGUGGUGGCGGCGGCAAAGGCGAGGCAGCAGCGUGGGGGUGACAGCAGUGUGGAGUGAGCAGGAGUGCGGUACUGAGUAGUGAUGAUCUUCAACGAGCCACUCAAACACCGGCCCAAGUCACGGGUGGAGUUGCACGUUCACCUUGACGGAGCCAUAAGACAUGAAACCAUCUGGGAGGUUAUGCGGCAGAAGGGCCUUCCUCUGCCUGGAAAUGGCUCACUGGCAGACCUGAAGGAGGCAGUGAAGGUGCAGGAGCCCAGGGACCUCGCCUACUUCCUUCGGGCCUUCAGUAUCUUCAUGCCGGCCAUCGUCGGAGACACAAAGGUGAUAGAGAGGGUAUCAUAUGAGUUUGUGGAGGACCAGGCAAAGGAGAGUGUGGCAUACUGUGAGGUGAGGUUCUCGCCCCACCUUUUGCUGCCGAACCUCAACUCAGACGCCAACCACGUUAAUGGGUCUGUCAAUGGAGUGAAGGAGAUGGUGGUGGAUGACAUUCUGGAUGCGGUGCUGAAGGGGUUGUCUCGCGGGGAGCAGCAGUUCGGCACUAAAGUUCGGGUGAUUCUGUGCUGCAUUUGGGGGCAUUCAGAUUGGUCAUGGGAGGUGCUGCGGCUGUGUGAAGAGUACAAGGAGCGUGGCGUGGUGGGCAUCGACCUUGCAGGAGACGAGGGGUUCUGUAAUGAGAAUGAGUCGUUCAUGAAGAGCGAAACAGACGUGGCGGUGUUUGAGGCGGCCAAGGAGAAAGGCAUCCACCGAACCAUCCAUGCCGGUGAGGCAGGGCCAGCUGACAGUGUCAAGAUGGCUGUGGAGAUGUUCAGGGCGGAGAGAAUAGGUCACGGCUACCGAGUGUUGGAGGAUGAGGAGAUAUACAAGAUGUGUCUGCGGGAGAACAUUCACUUUGAGAUGUGUCCACACUCCUCCUACCUCACAGGGUCUAUGCAGUCCCUCUCCUCACCCUCCAAGAGACAUCCUAUACUAAGAUUCGCUGAGGACGAGGUGAGCUUUGGCAUCAACACAGAUGACCCGACAGUGACAGACACUCGACUCAGUGAUGAAUACAAGCUGCUGAUGCGGUGGGGACUCACCGAGGCUCACCUCACCCGUGCUAACUUCCAAGCUGCCCUGCACUCCUUCCUUCCCCCAGCAGAGAAGAAGCAACUCAUUGACCAGCUACAGGAAGCAUAUGGAUUUGUGCAUUUCACCCUCCCUUCCUCAUCCUCCUCCACCUCCCCGUCAGGCACCAGAACCUCCACGCCUCCACCCAAGCCCAGUGUCACUUUCGGCACCUGGGCUGACAGGUCUUAGGGAGGUCUUAGGGUCUCAGCUUGUGUUUACCUCCUGUGUUUAUCUUACAGGAUUUGAGUCAAACAUUUAAGCCUGUGUUGUCCUGUCCUCAUCUGUUUUACUCAAUUUGGUCUUGAUUGCUGAUGUUUAAAUGCAUUUUUUUUAUGUAAGAAGGGUACUGGCCAAGGGCAACAAAAUAUACAUAUGAAAAAAGGCUCACUUAAAUGCCAGAUCCUAAAGAAAUUAUUUGAGUACAGUAUUAUGAAUAUCAGUGUAUGAAUUUCACUAUAAUUCUAGCAAAGUCUAUCAUUGUCAAGUGUUUUUUUGUUCUUAAGUGUGAGAAAGUUAUAUCAUGCUGAAUGAAUUAUAUAUCUUAUAAAAGGAAAUAAUAAUUUAAAAAUAUGUUAUCUUAUAUAUUGUAAAUUUGCUACCAAUGUAAUGUUAUUGAUAUUUUGUUGCCCUAGACUGUUUUAAUAAGUCUGUUUGCUCCUGUAUUGUAAAACACUAUUUUCAAAGGCCACAGAGAUUAUUUGUUGGGUAUUCAUGGGUGUUUCUUCUUAAUGGUGAUGCAGAGUCCUGGUCAAACUAUCACUAGCAUCAUGAAAACCCCAAUAAUUUCCACUAGUGUCAAUUUGUAAUGAAGAGUCCUUGUUAAAACUAUCACUGGAAUCAUGAAAACCCCUUUGAAAACCCCCAGUAACUUGAGACUUGAAGAAUCCUUGCCCUACUUCCACUAACAUCCUGAAAACCUGCAAUGCCCUCCACUAGAGCCUGUGUUUUCAAUUGUAGACAAGGUGAGGUGCUGAAAUGUUUAAAAAUGUGGCCUCCAGUUAUAAAGUUGAUGUUUUUGUUGACCAAUAUACCCAUGAUUGUUACUGUUGUUGUCAGAAGGUUUUGAUACCACAAUAUUACAGUUGUGAUUAAUAAAAGUUUAGAAAUUUUA